CGCCGUCGAGCUCAGUCUACCUGCAACGCGCGCCGAGAGAGGCCGUACUGACUCCGCUCCCACCGGCUGUGAUAGUGAUAGUGGUUGUGAUGCUGUGAUAAGAAGUGUUUUUAUAACCAUUAACCGGACGAGUGCAUGUUGUAGUGGUGGUACGGUUGACCGUCGGGAUCGCGUGUGUCAGAGCGGGAUAAGGUUUUAAAUUGUGUGACGUUGUGUCUCGGAGACUUCAACAGGCCAUGUGCAAGUGUUCCUUUGUGCGUGUGGCCUGCGUCGCCCUCGCACUCGCGGCGGCCUCUCUUGCUCAAGAGUACAGCGUAAAUGAACCAAACAACAGUGAUGUUGUCUUUAACGGAGUUCAGAGUUCUGAUGUCUCGUUGACCUUCGAUGACUCAGAAAUUGUUGUAAAUCCAGGAGAACGGUUGGAUUUGAACUGUGGCUUCAAAGGAGAGUAUCGCUACUGCAUCUGGGAGGUUGAGGGAGCUAAGCCUAUCCAGGUAGAAGAUGUUUAUGGGAAUUUCCAUCCUGGAAUGAGUAAGCCAGAGGUAUCAGAAGGCAAUGAAUGUGGAAUUGUCAUAAAUUCUGUCAGUACUGAACAACAUGGCAUGUGGACUUGCAGAGUGUUCAUCACUGGAAACUCACUUGAAGGAACAAAAAAUGUUAUUGUAACUGUAAAGCCAACAUACCCAGUUUUAGAGGUAGAUAACAGUCAGCUUCUGGAAGUAACCAGUGAGGAAGAGACACCAGUGAAGUGUGUGGUUGCUGCAGCUAGACCAGCUGUGGGUAUUCGCUGGUUCUUAGGAGACAAGGACGUCACUGUCAUGGCAGAAACUGAAGAAACACCAACCGACAAUGAAGGCAUGUACAAAAGCAUAUCAACUCUGCGACGUACCUUUGAGCCAAUGGAAAAUGGAAUGACGCUGACGUGUAGUGUGUCUCACAAGACUCUGACUGUGCCUGAGAAUGAAAGCAUUCCUUUGAAUGUUAUCUUCAAACCAGUUGAAAAGCCUGUGAGCACUUACUACCAGAUUCGUCCAGGCUCAGACUAUGAAGUAAAGUUGAAUUUCUCAGCCAACCCACCACCCAUUAGGAAGGAGUGGAGGUAUGGAGACAGCUUCCAGAAUAUUGCUGUCUCCAUUGAGAUCCCUGGCGCCAAAGAUCGCUAUGAGACAUACAUAGAGGAAUUAGGCAAUGGAAUGUAUACUGCUACCUUGAGGAUUGCUGGGUUCAAGGAGGAAGAUGCAAACCAACGGUACCUCUUGGUUGUAGAGAAUGACAUUGGAGAAACGACAUACAAAGUGCGGCUAUCAAUGGAUGACGCUCCCAAAGAUGGUGACUCAGAAACUCGCGACCAUGACAAAAAUCCAUCCACAGAAUAUUCAGUGUCUGAAGGUAUUGUUUUCGAUGAUGAUACGAUGUCAAAUACCCUGAGCGGAGGAGCGGUCGCAGGCAUUGUGAUUGUUGUGCUGGUUAUUGUUGCUGCCGUUGCAGCUGCAGGUUACGCACGGUACCGCCAGAUGUUCUGCUUUGCCCCACGUGCCGAGAGUAAAGCCUACAUCGGAGAUGCAGAACGCAACGAAACAGAUAAUGGCACAGCCAACGAUGCUGUCAAGGCCUCCACCGACCACGUCAACGGGAAGACUGACGGCACUGUAGCUAAUGGCAAUGGAAAUGUUGAGCAAACACAAGUGGAGGAAAUCAACAAUGAAAAAAAGAAUACAGAUGUGUGAACAGUAAUGGAUAAAAUUUCUGAAUGAUUGAAAGAGACCAUCAAAGCUCAGUGCACAUGUUUCUGAAUUGUAGAGGACCUGGACACAUUCAGGAAAAUUAGUAAUAGCACAGGCUCCAGAUCAGUUGUUUGUAUGUGUGUAUGUAUAUUUUUAUGAAGGAAAUGUCAAAGUGUUUUGACAGUCAUGCUUAAUGUCUUUGAAUGGUAUUAUUCUCCCAAAAUCACCUUAACUAGCAAGUGUAUUGCAAUAAAUUCAAGAAAAAAUUAGUUUCUUAAAAGGUUUCUCAGGUGAUAUAUUCUUAUUGAAAGACACAAAAUUCAUGCUAUACAACUGUUAGUUAUUGUGCCUUAGAAAUGAUGUAAAACUCUUCUGGGGUCAUGUGGUUAACCUUUAAGGAUGGCUGCUAAUCAGUGUUUGAAGAAUGGGUUGUAUUUAUACACUGACUUGUGAUGUGUGUUUGUGUACACUGUCACUGAUUAGCAUGAGCUGCAACAUUUGAUGAUGCCAGUCCUUAUUAUUGAAUAAUAGAUGUGCUGUUUAUAUCAUUCCAUUUUAGACAUCACAGGUCACACAGCUUUACUUGUUCUGUGACAAGAGCCAAGGUUCAGUUUUGAGGGCCUAGCUCUGUACAGCCAAUGAUGUACAGUCUUAAAUGGUUAAUCAUCUAUUUAGACAAGCCCUGUGGGUGUAUUUUAUUUAUAUUUUUUUCAUUGCAGUGUGCACCAGAAAACGAAGCACAUAGAAGUAGAUAACAGGGAUGUUUGGCAGGUGGUUUAAUUCUAGAUUAUGUGCCUCUUCUUAAACCAUUUUGCCCAGCCUAUGUACCUUCCUGUUGUCUCCAUCUAUAGAUAUUUUGUUGUGCUGCCACUUAGACCAGGAUGAUCUAGUCCUUCAUCCUCAUAAUAAGAUGGAGAACUUAUGAACUCUGUCCUUUUUGAGACAAAACCAGGCUUUUUGGGGGGAAGCUUUAUAUUGGUCACAACUUUUUGUAAAUAAAAUGUUUUCUGUUCUGCUGAAAUGGAAAAGUGGGGGGAAUAUUCAUUGGUAUCAGUAAAGUGCUGACAACUACUAGAAAAGUGGGAUUUUCUGCAAGGGGAUCUAUUGUUAUUUUGACUCAGUAUUGGCCAUAUUAUAAAGCUCAGUUUAUUUGUAAAGCAUCAGCAAUGAAAGCAGAAGCUGUCCAACCAGGAUACUAUCUAUGUAACACCACAAGUUACUGCCUUUAUACAUAAAAUUCUUGUAAUAUGUGGGUUUGUGUAGAUUUGAAUCACGGUACCAUUUGCUGAGUGUGAUCAUUGUUGUGGUCGAUCAAAACUUUAUUCAUAUUACCGUAUUCAAUGUUUUUACCCAUGUAAUUUUAAGUAAACUAUUAUAAGACUUUUAAUAAAUGUUAAAUGGAA